GAGUCCAUUGCAUUAUUAUAAAGACUUCACAGACCUCUCUAGCUUUCUCUCUCUCCUUCUGGUCUCAAUUUCUUUCUCUCUCUCUAUUGGAAUUUAUGGUUAGAGGUGGUGGACUCUCCAUGGAUUCAGAUCCAAUUGGGAGCUUCUUCCUCCACAAACCAAUUGUUCUGAACUCUUUCCCUGAAGACAUAAAUCAUGCUAAGUGGAAACUUAGUCCCAACAACAACAUGGAAGCCACAAUUAGCACCAAAGGGUCUUCUUCUUCACCACCUUCCAUCCCCUUCCAAGUCAACCUUAGCUCUUCUUCAAACAACCAUGUCUCUUCUCCAUCAGAGAUGGACUUCUUCUCCGACAAGAACAACAACAAAGAUGACAAGGUUGCCGCCUCUACCUCUGCCUCUGUCCCCGACACUGAUCACCAAACACAUGAUCGUUCCUCCACUCCUCCUAUGUUGGAAUGCAAAGUAAACACUGGUUUGAAUCUUCUUACUACCAAUACUACUAGUGAUCAAUCCAUGGUGGAAGAUGACAUGUCAGGUUAUUCAGAAGAUAAAAGAACUAAAAAUGAGCUGGCUGUUCUUCAAGCUGAGAUUGAGAGAACAAAGGGAGAGAAUCACAGGUUAAGGGAGAUGCUUGAUCAGGUUAAUACCAAUUACAAAGCUCUGCACAUGCAUUUGGUGAAUUUGAUGCAGGAGCAGAAGGGUGUGGAAGCUGAAGAACAAGAAGAGUUUGAUGGAAAAUUAGAAGAAAAGAAACAAAAUGAGAAUGGUGGGGUAUUGGUGCCAAGGCAAUUCAUGGAUCUUGGUUUGGCUACUAACGCUGACACCGAUGAACCCUCUUCUUCAUCAGCGGGAAGAAGUCAAGAUCCAUCAGGAUCACCAGUUAAUAAUAAUAAUAACAACGUAGAAGUGGCUUCCAAGGAAUUGGGGACCAGUAAGAAUGUGAAUGUUAGUGAUGAAGGAGUUGCAUAUGAUCAACGAGAGAAGAAGGAAUAUGGUAGGGAGAAUGAAAGGGAGGAUAGUCCUUCAGGUCAUGCUUUUGCCGGUGAUAAAAUUCCAAGAUUCAGUCCUCCAAAGAAUGUUGAUCAGGCUGAGUCAACCAUGAGAAAGGCAAGAGUUUCAGUUAGAGCCCGAUCAGAAGCACCCAUGAUCACUGAUGGUUGUCAAUGGCGAAAGUAUGGACAAAAGAUGGCCAAAGGAAACCCAUGUCCUAGAGCUUAUUACAGGUGCACCAUGGCUGCUGGUUGCCCAGUUAGAAAACAGGUACAAAGGUGUGCUGAAGACCGAACAGUACUUAUCACAACAUAUGAAGGAAAUCACAACCACCCUUUGCCUCCAGCAGCUAUGGCAAUGGCACAAACCACUUCCUCAGCUGCAAGAAUGCUGCUUUCAGGAUCAAUGUCAAGUGCUGACAGCCUAAUGAAUCCAAACUUCUUCACAAGGACACUCCUUCCAUGCUCUUCAAGCAUGGCAACUAUCUCAGCAUCUGCUCCAUUCCCAACUGUUACAUUGGACCUAACUCAAUCUCCAAAUCCAAAUUCUCUGCAGCUCCCAAGGCCUUCAAGCCAGUUACAAAUUCCCUUCCCAGGGGUUCCUCAGAAUUUUGCAAACUCUCCAGCGUCAUUAAUGCCUCAGAUAUUUGGUCAGGCACUUUACAACCAAUCAAAAUUUUCUGGUCUACAAAUGUCACAUGAUGCAGACCCUUCUUCACAAUUGGUUAAUCGCACUCCACAGGUACCACCACGGAUUACUGACACAGUUAGUGCUGCCAUUGCUGCUGAUCCAAACUUCACUGCAGUUUUGGCAGCAGCCAUCACUUCCAUAAUUGGUGGUGCUCAGCAACACAACAACAACAACAACAACAGUAGUAAUAAUAAUAAUACCAAUGACAACAUGACAACCAGCAACAACAAUGGCAACAUCACAAGUAGCAAUGGAAAGCAAUAAACUCAGCAAUUCCAAUCUUUCAGGGAAUUAGUUUACCCUUUUCAAUUUUUUUACGAAAUUAAUUUGAUUUGAUUAAAUUAAGUUGAUUUUAUGACCUUUUCAUUUGUUCAUUUGUUUUUCCAUUUGAAAUUCAGGAAAGUAUUAAUAUUUGACAUAGAUCAUUUUUUAUUUGGUUGGAUCAGUUGUUAUACCUUUCAGUGGUUUGCUGAAAAUGUACACAAAACAAUGGAAACUUUAUAUAUAAAAGAACUUAUUAUUUG